AACCGCGGGAGCGAGCGCUUAAAGCAGAAGGCAAAGUCGGACUUACUUCCCUCUCCUCGCCCGCUUAUCGACCAGUGUCUGCGGGAUCCUGGUGACUGUGGCCCCGGAAUGAGCAGCCGCACUAGCAACACAACACAGGCAGUUGCCACCAUUACUCUUGGGCAAAACUGUGCCGGGUGCACACGCGGGUAACGAACAGCCACCACGUUGUUGGGGGCUCGUGUUACGCUGUUGUUGCAAGUAGCAAGCAAACACAGAGUGUCUAGUCGAGCUACCAUCGUCGAAGAUCAACAGCCAUCUGCCUGAUCCACUGGCGUCCACGUUUGCAUCUGAUGGGUUAGAAAUCAGAUAGACCCAACACCGUAUAGCUGCAGAACGGGGAGACGCUGCUCAGGAUUACUACUGGGACUGUAUUUUAUACGGCCAGGCUGCUCACACCAACGAUUAGUGCUCCAGACUUCUGUAUGACGGUAUUUUCGAACGGAAUUGAGAAUGCUUCAGUGCUUGCUAGAGCGGAUAGUGUUGAAUUAGUUUUAAGGCUACUUCAAAAUAGUGUCAAAUAACUGUAGCCCCGUAUGUAAAAAGUAUUGGCUAGUUGACAAAAGUGUGCUCUUUAUGAGGAUACGUAAGCCCGAGUUCUUUUGAAAAUUUGGGAGCAUAUAGUGGCUCAGGUAAAUCUAGGAAGUAUACUGAGCAAUAAUCCAAAAAAAGGAUACAAGUUUAACACAUAAGGGAUUUUCGUACAUCGCUAUAAGAACAAAUCUGCGAACAUGAAACCACAUCUUUUAUUACUCAUAGGAUUCGUAUUGGGGGCGUUCAUAGCCACAGCUCACGCUGAGGACAACAGUAGUUUACUACCAAAAAGAAAAAGCAGCUUGAGAAAAAGCUCACGUACGGCUUCAUCGUCCUCUGGAAACCGCACACUGCGACGUAGCGGUCUAUUGGUAUCCCCAGAACGGAGGCGUGGGAAGACCAGGAAAACUUCUCUGUCAUCCGCUGGCGGUGCGCAGAGCAACGAAGUCAGCGGACAUGCGUCCGAUAAAAAAGUCGUCUGUUACUUUACCAACUGGGCCAGGUACCGGACAGGCAAAGGCAAAUUCGGACCGGAGAAUGUGGAUCCCUUUAUCUGCACGCACAUCAUCUAUUCAUUCGGCUGGAUGAAGAAGAACAAGCUUGUAGCCCAUGACCUAGAAGCUGAUGAAACUCGAAACGGGAAGAAGGGCGGAUACGAGAGGAUAGUCGACCUGAAAAAAAUAAAUCCCAAACUAAAGGUGCUAUUGGCUGUUGGUGGAUGGUCGUUUGGGACUCAAAUGUUCAAGGACAUGGCUUCCAAUUCAUACAAUCGACGACUAUUUGUUUUUUCUGCUAUCGAAUUUCUUCGAAAAAGGAAUUUUGAUGGGCUUGACAUCGACUGGGAGUUUCCUCGUGGCAAAGAAGACAAGGACAACUUUGUAAAGCUGCUUAAGGACCUUCGGGAAGCUUUUGAGGCUGAAGCCAAAGAGAAAAAACUGAAACGAUUGCUCCUGACGGCCGCUGUUUCGGCGGGAGCGGAAACAAUUCAGAGCGGAUAUGAUGUGCCUGCUGUUGCUGCUUAUCUGGAUUUUGUCAAUGUGAUGUCAUAUGAUUUCCACGGUAAAUGGGAAAAGCAGACCGGCCACAAUAGUCCUUUGUUUGCACUGUCAUCAGAGACGGAGUGGCGCAAAAUGCUUAGCAUGGAUUAUGGUGUGAGGAAGUGGGAAUCUCUAGGUGCCCCGAAAGAGAAACUAAUAAUUGGACAGGGAGCAUAUGGUCGCACUUUUACGCUGGCAAACACAAAACACAACGGAAUGAAUGCUGCGGCAACGGGAGGCGGGAAGAAGGGGGAAUUUACGGGUGAAGAAGGCUUCUUGGCCUAUUAUGAGGUGUGUGAUAUGAUGAAGAAGGGCGCGACGUAUGUGUGGGAUGAUGAGCAGAAAGUUCCUUACGCCUACCUUGGUGACCAAUGGGUCGGCUUCGACGACGAAAGAUCGAUUAGAAACAAGAUGAAGUGGAUUAAGAAGAAUGGAUUUGGUGGUGCCAUGAUUUGGGCUAUCGAUAUGGAUGACUUUCAGGGUACGUGCACGGAUAAAAAAUGGCCAUUGAUUGGUGCAAUAGGAGAGGAACUUCUCGGCCAUCCUUCCCGCGGGCCAAUUAGCUCCCUCGAAAAACUUGCUAAAGAGGUGAAAGCAGCUACUCCGUCUACAAAGAAAGACAAAACUUCGUCGCGUAAGAAUCCUUUGGAGGACCUAACCAAUGCACCUAAGUCAGUCAUCGAAGAGCAAAAAAGGCUUAAAGAGAACGAAAGUUCUCUUGAAGAUUACCCUGAACCUGAUACAAACGCUCGUAUCGUCUGUUACUUCACCAACUGGGCUGGGAAACGCAGAGGCCGAGGUCGUUUUGAGCCAUUUAAUCUCAACCCCUCAAAGUGCUCUCAUAUUGUGUAUGCUUUCGCUGGUAUUAAGGACAAUCAACUAGUACCCACAGAGGAAAAAGACGAAAUUGCCGAAGGUGGAAAGGGUUAUUACGAACAAAUUAUUGACUUGAAAAAGAAGAAUCCGUAUCUGCGUGUGAUCCUUGGAGUUGGCGGUUGGAUGCUUGGUUCAGGUCCUUUUAGGAACGUCACCGAAAGCAGUUACAGACAAAACCUGUUCGUUUUUAACGUGAUCGAUUUCCUUCGCGAGAAAAACUUUGACGGAUUGGAUAUUGAUUGGGAGUUCCCUCGAGGAGCUGAUGACAAGGAGAAACUGUCCGCUCUCGUUAAGGACCUUCGACAGGCAUUUGACGGCGAAGCGCUGUCCGCAAAAAAACCACGAUUGUCACUCUCGCUUGCGGUACCUGCGUCGUUUGAAGCUCUCGCAGCCGGUUACGAUGUGUUAGAGCUAAAUAAGCACGUUGACUGGUUUAAUGUGAUGACAUACGAUUUUCAUGGAGACUGGGAGCGUCAGGUUGGGCAUCAUUCUCCGCUCUUUCCGCUGCUGUCUGCGUCCAAUUACCAGAAAAAGCUUACUGUCGACUUCAGCGCCGCUGAAUGGGCUCGAAAAGGUGUUUCAAAAGAAAAACUUGUGAUUGGCUUCCCAACUUACGGAAGAACUUUCACGCUCGCUAACGAAACGUUGACUGACGUGGGCGCACCUGCCGUAUCUGGUGGUUCGCCUGGUAACUUCACCCAGGAAUCUGGUUUCUUGGCAUUCUAUGAAGUCUGUGAUAUGCUCAGGGCUGGAGCUACUUUAGUAUGGGAUAAUGAACAGCAGGUUCCCUAUGCGUUCAAGGACGAUCAAUGGGUCGGCUUCGAUGAUCAGCGCUCGCUUCGGAUGAAAGUUCAGUGGCUGCGUGAAAAUGGAUACUCGGGGGUGAUGAUCUGGUCAGUAGAUCUAGACGAUUUUCGUGGAACAUGCACAGGAGAGCCCUACCCUUUGCUGUCAGCAGUGCGCGACGAGCUCAAAGGCUACACGGUUCAGGGCUUAGAAACUGCCUCUUCUAUCAAUUAUGGAAAUCUAGGACCGAAUGGUGAUCCGUUUGAGGUAGUCUGCGAAGAUGAGGAUACGCCGAUUUCGUACCAUGUCGAUAAGAAGGACUGUACAAAGUACUAUCUCUGCCAAGGAAAGGUCCGACACCAUAUGCCCUGUCCUUCCGGACUUGUGUUCAACCUUGCAGAGAGGGUUUGCGACUGGCCGGAGAAAGUUGAAGAUUGUGCCCACAUAGGUCAGCCGAAAGAGGAUUAGGAAAAGCUGAUCAGCCAGUCUUUGUUAAAAAUUUGCAUUCCGUAAACGCCUGACUACUGGAAGGACCCAAGGAUCUUAGAUUAUUUUUAUUAUCAUUAUCUUAAUGCAAGUUCGUCUAUAUGAACCGGUGCUCACCGAAAUGAAUCAUUUUCAGGUAAACCAGCUGGGAAAUAAACGCCAGGUUCCAAAUGUAUUCCCGCAACCGGGAAGCAAUCUUUUGUUAGCUCUACGCAGCCAUAACGGACCUACGACCGAUUUGCCACGUGCUCAUUCUUCACCAACUAUCGCUGAGCGUGAUUAGCUCGCAAUCUUGGACCGUGUUAAGUUCCACCUGUGUCCUAGAUUGCCUCAAACAACCUGUUUCUGGAGUGUUAUUUUUACUGCCAUCACGUGACUUCUAACGGUCUCCUAAGUAUCACGCAACCCGAAUUGAAGUUGGAUUCGUGUCGUUCCCGUGGUUAAGACGCUUAUUCUAGAAAAAUUGAUAUAUGUAAAGGUUGUGUGAUUUAGGUGACUUUUUGUAAAAACGUUGUAUAUAGGUGUAUGCCAAUGAUAUGAAAAUUAUAAUAUAAUUGAUAAUAAGUUGAAAAAAAAACCCCUCAGGUUAGUCUUCAACGCUCUCUCCAGAGGGUUUUGCGUUACGCUCCUCGGCAAUGCCCAUCUUAAAAACUUGUUUUAUAAAUAGUGGCUCUACGGGGAUCGCUUCACCUAUUUAUUUCUUAAGUGUUAGAUAUUUUGUUUUUAUUUUUGCAACCUGAUUCACAAACUGCGCAGGAAAAAUGUAGUCGGUUAUGUUAAUAUCAUGUUAGUACGAAUGUUGUUGUUACUACGAAUAUUAAUUACUUAUAACAUAAUAUACACAGUUUUAGUAGUAGUAGUAGAAUACACUGGUUUAUAUACUGUUUAAAAGAUUUAUAUAUAAAUAUGUUCGAUUGAUAUAAGGAAGAGGUUGUUCCAGGUUGAGACGAUUACUGUGAACCUAAGUGCUGCACAUGAGAGCUCGUCAGGCAGCACCGCCUUCAAACAGAAUGUGUAAAAAAACUGGAAUUAAUUAUAACCGGUGAUUUGGGGGUACUGACUUCGACCAAAUGAACAUUAAAUGAGAACACAGAACAAGGUUCAAAUAUGUGUAGAGCCAAUGUGGGCUAAUGUUCACUAUCGUUAAAAAUAAGUACACACCAAAAUCUAUGAUCGGUAUAAAAUUCGAAAUACUUAAACAUAACAUCAUACGAUAUUAUGUUUAAGUAUCCCAUGCCGGACGUUUUAUGUACUGUUCCCGUUUCAGCUUGUUAGCUUAUACUCCCUAAACUCCUACGACGUGCAGGUUAUAAAAAAAAAAAAGGUGAUUAUAUAGAGAUGCAUUUUAAAGAGUUGGCAUAAAAAUCAGUCCUUUAUUUGACUGCAACAUUUGGUAAACACAAAGCUGGUGCUCCGAUGGCUCUCAUAACGUAAUUGUUUGCUUAUAGUACGUAGGUGAUCUAAGCCAAUGUCAAGGACUAGAUACUUACUCGUAGUUUUCGCACAUAGCACAUUUUUUUUCCGAUCAACAAACUAUUAAUUAUUACAUUUUUGAUAAUGAAAUUUUCAUACAUAGGUAUACCUGUUUAUUUCUGAAUUAACAUAUGAGCGUAAAUAAAGAUAUAUUCUUAAAACGGA